AAAAAUGAAGCAGAGCUCCUUUGAUCGAAUCUGCAAAAUGGAUUGAUCUGAAAGACUUCUUGCACCGAACAAAUCUCCUUGUGCGCGAGCUCCAUCAUUUGUGCGACAAAGCUGCAAGAGCGAAGAGGAGGCAUUUGCUUCGAUGGCGGAGGGACCAGAGACGCCGUCGUCCGCCUCACAACCCCCGCCACCACCUCCGCCGUCGUCAUCGUCGGAGAAAUCUCCUCAAGGCACUAUUCGGCAACAAGCACAGGUUCCAUUAUCGUCUGCUUUUCCAGUUCCUGGAAAUGGUGAUAUGCAAAUGUUCCCCGUCUUCUAUCCUACCCUAGGUCCCAGCCUAAGUAAUUCGCAAAAUCAAGAUCAGACAAAUAGGGGAGCUGGCAUCUACGCAGUUCCAGUUUCUCCCUACCUUGGGUCCUUUUCUGGAUUUCAAUCCAACACCCUUAUCCCUCUUACCUAUAACAUACCAACCCAAUUGGACCGGUUCUUCCGGUUGAACCAGUGGGUUCUCCAGUAUGGCGUCCAACGAGUUCGUGAGGCGGGGUCUACAGGUGAGGAACAGGGGCAGGUGGGCCACCAGCAACAGAACCCCCAGCAACAGCCUGCACCUCAGAGACAAGUUGUUGUGAGGAGAUUUCAGAUCGCAAUUCAGCUCGAUUUGUUACUCAUAUUAAAGCUGGCUGCUGUGAUAUUUCUGUUUAACCAAGAUGGAUCAAGACAAAGGCUGGUUGUCCUUGUGUUUUUUGCUUCCCUCAUCUAUUUGUAUCAAACUGGAGCUUUGGCACCAUUGAUUCGAUGGCUCUCUCAAGGCAUGCAGAGAGCAGCUGCACCUCCUCAUCCACCAAGGCCUGCAGUGAGAGCUGAGAAUGUUCCACCUGCUGCAGGUCAAGGAAACGAAAAUCAGCCUCUGGCAGCUGAUGGACAAGCUGGCGCUGAGAAUGAGAACCGUGCAGUGGAAGAUGAUGGAAAUCAGGCAGCUGAGAACCAAAAUGCAGCAGAACAGGGUGCCGAGAAUGGGGCCAAUCAUUGGUGGGGGAUUGUGAAGGAGAUCCAGAUGAUUGUCUUUGGUUUUAUCUCUUCGUUGCUCCCUGGUUUUCACAACAUUGAUUAGCGUGUUGCAGUUUAGCCAAGAAAUGGCUUAAGAGGCACAAUUUAAUGUUUAUUUUUUGUGUUUGGAAAUAAAUGUACAAAAGUCAUAGCUGGAUCUAUGUCGAUAUAGUAGGAGAGAGAUACAUAACAGGAACAGAAGGAUUUUGGAUAAAUUGGAUUCGAGCCGUUUAGUCGGUUGUCCUUUUUCUAUGAAACCCAUUUCAAUCGGAA